UCCACAAAGGAUCAAAUUUCUUAAUGUGUGAAAAAUAUGUGCAGUUCAACAGAUGAUUCCUUCAGCAUAGAUUAUUCACAAAUGAUAAAAAUAGAAAGUAGUCCUCUAAAUCAAUUGGUAUGUCAAAAAUGUAAUAAUGAAAAGGCUGAGGUUACGCUGAGAAAGAAGGAUGUUUAUUGCAAUGGAUGUUUCCUAAUUAGUGCAACUCAUAAAUUUCGAGCGACCCUAGGAAGGUCGAAAAUUGUGAGGCCAAGCGAUACUAUAUUGGUUGGCCAUAAUGGCCAAGCUGGAUCAACAGCUCUUCUCAAUUUAAUUAAGGCAGGGAUGGACGAGAGUGUUCACAAACGUUUGAUUUUUAACGUAAAACUUCUCUACAUUGAUGAUGGGCUUAUCAUGGGUCAAAGCAUGGCAGAAAGACAAAUUAAACUGACGAAUAUUUACAAACAGGUUGAAGCCUUAGGCUUUCCAGCUUAUGGUAUUGUAAUAAGUGAGGCUAUGAGCUCUGAUAAUUUAUCAAUAUCAUUCUUGGAGGAUAAAACACGUUUGAAUGAUCAAAGCAAGGGAGAUGAGGAGCUGUUAAAAAUGUGGAAUAAACUGACAGAUGAAACUUGUAAAAAAGAUUUUCUACUAAAAUUACGAGAAAAGGUAAUGGUGAUGGCUGCAAAAAUUCUCAAGUGUCAAAAAAUUUUUCUCGCUGACGAUUCGACUUCCUUAGCAAUUGCAAUUUUAAGUAAUGUUGCGUUAGGAAGAGGUGCACAUUUGUCAUCAGACUGUGGUUUUAUAGAUAAUAGACAUAAGGAUGUGAUGAUUUUACGACCUAUGCGCGAUUUUAGCCGACAGGAGCUUUAUUAUUAUCUAAGGAUACGUGAUAUCAAGUGCAUUGAUGAGAAAGAAUUGAAAGACAAUCUCCACCCUUCUAUCCAAAAAUUGACUGGAAAAUUCGUGAGAAAUUUGGAAGAUGAAUUUAGUGGUACAGUCUCGACGAUUUUCCGAACGGGUGAAAAAAUUGUUAGCGGUAAAGAAAAUAAUAGAAAUAAUAUUUCAACCGAGCAAGUGUGUGCAUUUUGUAAUGGUUGUCUAGAUACGAUUCCCAUUGAUGGUUUUACUUCAAGUAUUGAUGCUAAAAACUUUUCAAAAAUUGUAUCUGCGGAGAGUGCAAAUGCCGAAUGGAAUUUGGCCAAAUUGAUGAAAAUAUCGCCAGAAAAUAAAAAAAAUGUACAAGAGUAUAGCUGUCAGGAUUGUAGGUGUAAUAAUAUGCAGGCACUUAAUCAUAAUAUUGAAUAUGAACAAAUUAGACACUUAUUAUGUUAUGCCUGUCAAUCAAUUUUCAAUGAUAAUUUUACUCUGCACGAACUACCUUUUUACGUGGUAAAAUCUGUUAGUAGAAAAUUACGCCUCGAGGAUAUUGCUGGCGAAAUUCAAAAAUUUUUGUUAUGAGUCAGGUGUACUAACGAAAAAGAUUUUUUUUUUAUCAGUAUAUAAUUUGUAAUAUAAUUUCUAUACGAGGUGGAAUGAAUAAAGAAUAUUUUGACCUAUUUAAAGUAGGCUCAUUGUUUCAAACAUUUACUUGUUUUAUUUGGCUAACUUCUCUUUAUAUGUUACUUGAAAAAUCUCCAUGCUUACAACAUUUUUGUAAUAUUCCAUGAGUUUUGCACAAUUGUCCAUUGAUAAUAACUUAUCAUGUGAGAUAUGCUGCAAUAUCUAGUGUCAACGGAAGUAACAUUUUGCAAAUCUGAGGACAAUUUAAGUCGUUGUUCUCCACCGAAAUUGAUCGACUGUGCUGGUAAAGUUAUAAAUUCAAUAGACCUACCGCAUUACUGGGAAUGGACAUUAAAAGAUGUAUCAGAAUGGCUUGAAAAUGAUGUUCAACUGCCACAAUACAAGGCUAGUUGAAAAAAUAAACUUAAUAAUUGCUGUUAUAUGAUUUUUGCCUCUUUAAAUUAUCAUUAUUACUCAGAUCAUGUAAUAAAAUAUUUAUUUUUUUCAUUCAUCAGGAUACCAUGGAAAUGAAUUUUAUUAAUGGCCGACGCCUAUGUUUUCUCCAAGCCCACAAAUUACUGAAAAUGGGAAUUCACGAUUUUCACCAUAUCAAG